ACGAUAGAGGAGACAUCUGUAAGUAGAAAUCGAAUGUUGUUCGUUAUUUAAAUAUUUAAUCAAAUGUUUAAGCGGCUGUGAAUAUUUACGUAUUUAUACACUGCGUUAAAAGUUUUUGGAAUUUGUUCAAGUAAAAGUAAUUUAGAUGGAACCAAUGGCAUUAGGAUCACCUGUUGGAAGUCCAGUGCAAAGUCCUGGAAGUCCAGGAACUUCUGCAUACCUCCCAAAUUUCCUUCUAGGUGAUUCUACAACGCCUGCCAAAAUAAGUUUGAUGGGCCCACAAGAUAUUUUGAAACAGUCACACAUUGGUCACAGUGCACUUACCUCUCCACCUUCUCACUAUGGUACUCCAGAUUAUCGUAGUAAUCGUCAGAAAGCUGUGUUCGGAAAUGCUAAUACUCCUAACACGUCACAAAUAGUCACAGAAAGCCACACUGGUGGACCUCCAACGAGAGGACUAUUCGAUACUCUAGAAACUUCUGAAACUGCAUCGCCCUACUUGUCAGCAACGAAUCAAAGUAUACCUUGCUAUCAACCAAGACUUUUAGUGAAUAAUAUGAAUACUUCUAUAUUUAACGAUGGUGCAAUGAGCCCUAAUGCAAAUGAAUCACAAGGUCUUUUGCAAUGGGUAACCGUUUUUGGUUUCUCGCCUAGUGAUAUGAAUACAGUUUUAGCUCACAUCUCAAGCAGAGUUCGCGUAGUAGACAAGCAUCCUCCACCACAUUCACAGAGCAACUGGAUACACUUAAAAUGUGCUUCAGAAUUAGAAGCACAAAGGGCACUCGCGUGUAAUGGAAAUAUAGUAUCUGGAUCUAUAAUGAUCGGUUUGAUCCCUUGUACGGACGAGGGUGUUAUAUUAGGAUCGGAUAAAGAGAGUCGUUCGAGAAUGAACGGAAGUAUUAAAUGUUUCUCGAACCUAGGAAGAGUCACUCAAUCGCCAGAAUACAAUACACCACGCACACCCAUUAGGAUACAAAAUGCAAGACCACUGGCAGCUGGUUACAAUCAAAAUCUUAGUUCACAAUCAGUGAAAUCACCUGAAAAUGUUCCACAGAAAUCUACAGGUUUAGUUUCGAAAGCAAUGGAAUAUAUGUUUGGGUGGUAAUUUUGACUGAAGACAAUUGUACAUGUUGUUUCGUUAAUGACAAAUAUUAUUUAAUAUGUAAUUCUCCUUAUGUUUUUAUAAAAAUCGAAUGCAAUAUAGACAUGAA